CUUGGGAGAAGAAAGAUUUCAAGAGGAGGUUMGCUGUUUGAGUCAUGUGGCUUCGGCAGCUCUGCCUCUCAGCAUGGCUGCUAUUCCUGUUAUGGGCAGCUUCUGAGGCUGUGCCUCCAGGAUGUACAAACUUCGAUUUUGAAAAAGGAAACUUAUAUGGAUGGACUCCGUCAGGAGAUGCAUUCAAAUUCCAGCCAACACUGGGUGAUAACCCCACUGCUAGGCGUAGAGGUCAGCCUGCAAAAAUGCAGGGAAGGUACUGGAUUGGAACCUUUGAAAAGCGUCCCAAUACCAGAUACAAGGCUGGUACCGUCCAGGGUGACAGACCACGAGGUACUUUGAUGUCACGCAGCUUCCGCAUUACAGGAAACCAUAUUGAUUUCCUGGUUGGAGGAGGAAGCAAUGUGGGUUACGUCAGAGUAGAGUUGGUYAUUCACGGCCGGGGUGUUGUCUACAAGACUGCUGGUAGAAACUCUGAGACCAUGAGACGGCAGAGAUGGUCAGUUCAUGCCUACAAGGGUAGAACUGGUUUCAUCAGGCUUGUUGAUUAUCACACUGGAGGCUGGGGACAUAUCAACUUUGAUGAUCUCCGAGGAGGCAUCAGAUGCGAGAAAAUCUGCAAUAGGCCUUUUGGUUUCCAGUCAGGAGUUAUCAAGUCAUCUGCUGUUACAUCGACCUCACAGUGGAGUAACACUUAUCGCAUUGGACGCUUGAAUAAGAACAAUUUCUGGAUAGCCAGGAUCAAUAACCGCUAUCAGUGGACACAGGUGGACUUUGGAAAAGCUACAAAGGUUACUGCUGUUGCCACCCAAGGUCGUGCAAACUCUCACCAAUGGGUCACACGGUACACACUCUCUUACAGUUCAGAUGGAAUACUGUUUGCCCCUUACAAGCGAAGUGAUAACAGUCCUUACGUUAAGUAUUUCACUGGAAACCAUGAUCGCCACACUAUAAAAGUCAAUCAUCUAAUCUACCCAAUCAGAUGCCAGUAUCUGAGGCUUCAUCCUUACAACUGGCGCUCUCAUAUCUCAAUGAGAAUGGAGGUUUAUGGAUGCCAUAUUGACAAAUGCAAGCUACCAGUUGGUCUUGAAGAUUAUAGAAUUCAAGGUGGMCAGCUUUCUGCUUCUUCUUUCCAGGGCACAACCUAUCAUCCUUCCAGAGCUCGUCUCAAUGUCCUUUACGGAUGGACACCUAGAGGAAGCAAUAGGAAUCAAUGGCUACAGAUUGAAUUCAUCCAUGGCGUCCGCGUCAAGGGUGUGGCCACACAAGGAAGGUCCAAUAGUCACUACUGGGUUACUCAGUAUUAUUUGACAUACAGUUCAAAUGGUAUGAGUUUCAGACCUUACAAGUUUCCAUCAUCAACAAAGUAUUUCAGAGGGAACAGUAACAUGCAUAGCAUCGUCUACCAUGACAUCGAACGACCUUUCGUUGCUUCUUUCCUGAGGUUCCGUCCCACAAGAUGGCGAAGCUAUAUUAGCAUGCGCGUAGAAGUUUACGGCUGCUCCACUGUUGGUGCAUGCAACAAAGCAUUGGGUAUGUACAGCACUCGAAUAAAGGCAGCCCAAAUCACUGCUUCCACCUACUACAACAAUGCUUUGAAGCCCGAGUACGCGCGCCUCAACAGACGGUUAGGACAGGGUUCCUGGUCAGCAAGACACAAUAACCACAACCAGUUUCUUCAAGUAGAUUUUGGUACAGUCAAGAAAAUCGUCCAGAUAGCYACCCAAUCGCGGCACAAUGUCCACCAAUGGGUGACGUCUUUCUGGUUGUCUUACAGUAUUGAUAAGGCMCAUUGGGUUUUGUAUAAGUAUAAGAGUGGGCAAAGUGAGGGUGUUAAGACAUUCCAAGCCAACCGUGACAUAUAUUCCACUGUAUACAACCCAAUAAACCCAGGAAUCAAAGCUAGAUAUGUACAGAUUAAACCUCGUGGAUGGAGAUCACACAUCUCAAUGCGAGUUGAGUUCUAUGGAUGUGCUACGGACAAGUGCAUGYUGCCUCUUGGAAUGGAAGACAAGAGAAUCAACAUUGGUCACCUUAARUCAAGCACUAUGUAUAACCCAACAUACGCACCAUGGAGGGCUGGGCUCCACACCACUUAUGGUUGGUUGGCCAGGACACAAAACGCUAAUCAAUGGAUUCAGGUCGACCUUGAAACACCAACACAUUUAAGGGGUAUUGCUACUCAGGGAAGACAUAACGCGAACCAGUGGGUAAAGCAGUAUCGACUUUCUUAUGGAAACUCUCCUGGAAAAUUGACCAUGUACCGUGAAGGUGGAAGACCAAAGGUGUUCAUUGGUAACAACGAGAGACAGUUCCCUGUCUUCCAUCUGUUCAACAAGCGNGACACGCGCGCCGUUCUAUAUUUCUUAAAUACAUGUUUACCAUGUUUUGAGGUCACUCAAAACAGAAACAUUAGUUUAUUUGCUCUAUUAACAUUUGAGGAGGUUUAA